CAAAUUGAACAACGAACAUAACAAAAUGUUUAUCGAAACAUUUAAGUCGGGCAUAUUCAAUAAGGAUUUUCGUCGCCAACUGCUGGUAACAUUGAGUGCUAUAAUAAUUACGUUCUGCCAUGGCAUCGGCUUGGGCUGGCUGUCUCCCAUGCUGCCUCAGCUGCAAUCAGCUGCGGAGACACCUCUGGACUUUGUGAUUGAUGUGAGUGAGGCGUCCUGGGUGGGUUCGAUGAUCAGCUUUGGUGGGUUUUCGGGUAAUUUCCUAUUUUCAUUCGUCAUGAAUCGAUUUGGACGCAAGGUGGCGCUCUACGGCCUUGCCCUGCCCCACACGUGCAUUUGGAUUCUGUUCUAUUUCGCGGACUCCGUUGAAUGGCUGUACGCUGCCAGAGUGUGCGCCGGCCUUUCAGGGGGCGGAAUGUUUAUAGUGCUGCCCCUCUUCAUUGGCGAAAUCGCGGACAAAAGCAUACGCGGCAGGCUGUGUUCAUUCUUUAGCCUUGCCAUCAACAUAGGAAUAAUGGUGGGCUUCAUUAUCUCCUCCCAUGUGCCCUACCAUGUGAUUCCAUGUACUGUGGUCGUUCUGCCCAUCUGCUAUGUCCUGCUGACCACACGCUUCCCGGAAACCCCGCAGCAGCUAAUGCGAUGGGGUCGAGAGGAGGAAGCGAAGCGCUCUUUAAAAUAUUAUUGUAACUGCGAUGGUCCCACGCCUAGCAAGGAGUCGGAGCGUGCUUACCAGAAACAAUUUCAGGAAAUGCGUGAUGCCUUGCAGCAGCAGACCAAGGAGAGUGGCAGCGAGAGCUUGACCUUGUCGGACUUCUGCAACAAGCGCGCUUUAAAAGCCAUUGCGACGGGUCUCGUGCUGAUGGUGGGCAACAUAUUCACCGGCACCUUCGCCUUCAUCAACUACAUGUCAAACAUCUUCGAGCGCGUGCAUACCCAGCUGGAGCCCAACACUAAUACGAUUAUCAUUGGGGCAGUGCAGAUUGUGGGCACUCUUGCCUCCAUCUAUCUGGUGGAUCGGCAUGGCCGCAAAAUACUUCUAAUUGUCUCGUGUGCCGGUAGUGCACUGGGCACCGGCGCCUUUGGGCUGUAUGCCUUUUUUGGCGACGAAACUGAGGCGGACCUAAGCGCGAUAUCCAGUUGGCUGCCCGUUACAAUAAUGGCUUUGAAUAUAUUCUUGGCUAAUGUGGGAAUCAUCUCGGUCACAAUGGUGGUUCUAGUUGAGGUACUUCCCCCGAAAAUACGCGCAGUGGGCACGAGCGCUUGCCUGGGCUGUCUCAGUUGCUUCGCGUUCACCUCUCUGAAAGCUUUUCCGCUGAUGAUGGAGUAUUGGGGGCUGGCGGCGACCAUGUGGGGCUGUGCCGCGGUCAGUGUCUUGUGCUUCUUCUAUGUUAUCGUGUUCAUGGAGGAGACCAAGGGUAAAUCCAUUUACGAUUAGUAGCA